GGAUACGCGGUCUCUUUAUUUCUCAACGUGGUGAAGAAGAAUCUUCUUUGUUACCUUGCUGAACUUUGUGCGCCAUAACAGCUUGUGUAGAUACUGUAAAUAAUUAAAAGCGUAACUGAUUCGAAUCCAAUAACCAAGCAAAAUGGCAUCCAAAGCAACGGCAAUCGGUAUUGAUCUUGGAACGACAUACUCCUGUGUCGGAGUAUUUCAGCAUGGCAAAGUUGAAAUCAUUUUCAACGAUAUGGGCCACAACACCACACCCAGCUAUGUAUCAUUUACGGAUGAAGAAACACUCAUCGGUGAUGCAGCAAAAACCCAGGCUGUAAAGAACCCGAUCAACACUGUCUAUGAUGCUAAGCGAUUGAUUGGAAGGCGUUUCGAAGACACAACCGUCCAGCAGGAUAUGAAACACUGGCCUUUCACAGUCGUCAGCGAUGCAGGCAAGCCCAAGAUCCGCAUAGACUACAAGGGUGAGAACAAACUGUUCUUCCCAGAAGAAGUCUCGUCCAUGGUACUAAACAAGAUGAAGGAAACCGCUGAGGCCUACCUCGGAAGGACUGUGGCAAACGCUGUAGUAACAGUACCAGCCUAUUUCAAUGACAGUCAGCGGCAGGCAACGAAAGACGCCGGCACCAUUUCUGGUCUCAAUGUCCUACGUAUUAUCAACGAACCAACAGCUGCAGCUAUUGCAUAUGGACUUGACAAAAAAGUUCAGGGUCAUGGAGAGCGCAAUGUACUCAUCUUCGAUCUGGGGGGUGGUACUUUUGAUGUCUCAAUCUUGACCAUUGAAGACGGCAUCUUUGAGGUGAAAUCUACUGCUGGUGAUACGCAUUUAGGAGGAGAGGACUUUGACAACCGCAUGGUCGCUCACUUCAUGCAGGAGUUCAAGCGCAAACACAAGAAAGAUAUGAGUGCCAACAAGCGCGCAGUUCGGCGUCUAAGCACAGCCUGUGAGAGAGCAAAGCGCACCCUCUCCUCAAGCACUCAGGCUAGCAUCGAGAUCGACUCUCUGUUCGAGGGCAUCGACUACUACACGUCCAUCACGAGAGCUCGUUUCGAAGAGCUCAAUGCUGAUCUCUUCCGCGGAACCCUGGAGCCGGUGGAGAAGGCCCUGCGUGACUCCAAGAUGGACAAGGCUCAGAUCCACGACCUUGUGCUUGUUGGAGGCUCAACCCGUAUCCCCAAGAUCCAGAAGCUCCUGCAGGACUUCUUCAACGGCAAAGAACUGAAUAAGAGCAUCAACCCGGAUGAGGCUGUGGCGUACGGCGCUGCGGUGCAGGCAGCCAUCCUGUCCGGAGACAAGUCUGAGGAGGUGCAGGAUCUGCUGCUGCUGGAUGUGACGCCGCUGUCACUCGGCAUCGAGACCGCUGGAGGUGUGAUGACGACCCUCAUCAAGCGUAAUACGACCAUCCCCACGAAGCAGACGCAGAUCUUCACAACCUACUCUGACAACCAGCCUGGUGUGUUGAUCCAAGUCUACGAGGGUGAACGAGCAAUGACCAAAGACAAUAACUUGCUAGGCAAGUUUGAGUUGACUGGUAUCCCCCCAGCUCCACGAGGAGUCCCUCAGAUUGAAGUUACCUUCGAUAUCGAUGCUAACGGCAUCUUGAAUGUGUCGGCAGUCGACAAGAGUACUGGCAAAGAGAACAAGAUUACCAUCACAAAUGACAAGGGUCGUCUUGGCAAGGAGGAGAUUGAGCGCAUGGUGGCAGAAGCAGAGAAGUACAAGGGCGAGGAUGAUGCACAGAGGGAGAAGGUCACUGCCAAGAAUAGUCUAGAGAGCUAUUGCUUUAACAUGAAAUCCACUGUUGAGGAUGAGAAGCUCAAGGACAAGAUCUCUGAAGAUGACAAGAAGGUGAUCCUUGACAAGUGCAACGACACCAUCAAGUGGCUCGAUGCCAACCAGCUGGCUGAGAAGGACGAGUUUGAACACAAACAGAAGGAUUUGGAGCAAAUCUGCAACCCAAUCGUCACCAAGUUGUACCAAGCUGCUGGUGACAUGCCAGGAGGAAUGCCCGGUGGUAUGCCAGGGGGGAUGCCUGGAGCAGGAGCUGGUGCUCCUGGUGCAGGAAGCGGUGGCUCCGGUGGCCCCACAAUCGAAGAGGUCGACUAAAUCAAUGCUACUAGAUCUACGGAACCAACAAUCACCACUCAAGUCUGCUGAUAACAGCCUAACUUGUCUGUCAUUUAACACGCACUAAGUUGUGAUAUGUCUGUAUUUUGUUUCAAUACAAAUUAAUAGCUUGUCCAUUUAUGUUGUCAACGUGCACACAGUUUCCAAUGUUUUCUGCUUUUCUGGGCUCCUACUUUGUUGAAAUACCUAACUUGUUCGUUUGUAUUUAUUAAUCGCAAGAGCAGAUGUGCAGGAAUAAAAGUCCAUAAAAUUUCA